CAUUGCGCAUGCGCUAUUUCAUUCAUUCGCAAGCCAUGGUGGAGUGAAGAUGGCGGGUGCGAAGUCCAUUGAAGAUAUAUUUUCUUCUGAGGUUGACGAAAAGGAGGUAUCUGCGUUGGUUGGAUCUCUCGUUACAAAACUAGCCCCACAGAAUCCCAAGGCUGCGUCUGGACCAUCACAAGAUGCCACAGUGACAAGGAAUCAUGUCAACGAUAACUCUUCCGUACAUGCACAAACUGGACCUGGCGGGCUAACAACGUUAAAACAAGCGGAGCCGGGGAUUUCAAUACAUGCGAAUGCGACAAGACAAACCAUGCAGGAUUCCCAUUUGGGCACCACGGGCGCACCAACGACGCCGGGUCUCAAUCACGAGAAUGCGCCUGGCAAUAUCCAUGCAAAUGACAAUGCAACUCAAGGGAAUGGUCAAAAUAAUCAUGGAAUAGGAUCAACAUCUAUCGCUGAUAUUGUGAAACGAGACUCACAGCCACCGGCAAUUUCAAACAUGAUGACGAAGCCGCCAACGGCUACGACCGUUUCGGUGAGCCAACAGUCACCUGCAAUUGUGGCACAGAUCACCGGAGCGGGCCUUCAAAAACCAAAUGAACCGCCGAUCAGCAGACCAGUUUCUGGUAAUGCAAUGGGUCAAAUUAGAACUUCAGUUGGCAAUGACCAACAAAUUGUGAAAGUUGUUUCAGUGCCUAGCAUGCCAAGUGGCAGUGCUGUGCAAAAUACAAACUCUUCAAAAAAUGAACAUGGUGCAACUGCAAAUAUGAAUUCUAUUUCUAAUCAAAAUGUAAGCUCAGUCUCAGCUGGGUCUGCCAAAGAGCAGCUUCUCGUUAGGCAACAGACAUUACCAAGUAAUGAUCAAUCAGGUGCAAUGAAACCAAGGAUUGUUGUUCAGCCAAGCAUAGCAGCAACAAUUCAGCAAGCAACUUCUGGAGUCGCUACAAUAUCUGGUGUUCCAUCAGGCAACAUGACACUGGGCAAUGCCAAUCAGAAAGUUGUGACAAUUAAUGUUGCUAAUCCAGCCACCCAAACAGGAGGCAGACCAGGGCAAUAUGUUGUAAAUACUGUUCCAGGAAGUAAAGCUGUAUCGCCUCAGAUUAUAACGCAGACAGUACGAAUGCCCACUGGGCAUCAUGUGAUUGCUCCUAGAGCACAGCUUGGUGGACAGGUUCAGAUACGUCUGCCUCCAGGCACCACCUUGCCACCUGGAGUUGUAUUAAUCAAUAAAGGAGGAACAGUACAAGCUGUUAUGGGAAAUCCAGCUGCCAUUCAAGCUCAUGUAGCAGGAGCUCCUGGAAUGACAACAUACCGGCAUGUCCAGCCAGGAAUAGUCACCUCUACAGCUCAGCCAGGGAGGAUCCUAACAUCAGUUGGUGGGAGUAAUGCAUCUGUUGUCAGCAGUCCUCAAGUUACAACCACUCGGUCAGGUUCACCUGUAGUCAUUGCCUCUGGAACACCGACAACGGCAAUGAGAGGAGCUACAGCUGCGAAUGCAUCUUCACAACAAACCUCAUCAUUACCAAAGGCCACAGGCAAGGGUCAGGGUAGCUCUUCAUCCAACUCUGGGGGUCAGCUCUCAAGUUCAGCCAUGGAUAAUGUGAAGAAAUGUAGGAACUUUCUGACAACUUUGAUCAAGCUAGCUUCCAAUGCAAAUCAACCACCAGAGACUGUUCAAAAUGUCAAGAUGCUGGUUCAGAGCCUCAUUGAUGCCAAAAUCGAGCCAGAGGAGUUUACCCUCAAACUUCAGAAGGAGCUCAACUCUUCACCACAACCAUACCUUGUGCCUUUCCUUAAGAGGAGUUUACCUCUAUUAAGACAAACGUUACAGCGAGGGAGUUCAGGAUCUAACAUCACAACCUUGAUGGGACCUUUACCAGCUGCAGCCAGUGGGUCAGCCGAUGGCAAACCUGUCAAACCCGCCAUCACCAAAAUCACACCUGCUGCGGCAGCAGCAUCUAUUGCAGCUGAAGCCAAGGGUGGUAAGCAGUCACAGCAAGCAUCUCAGAAGCAUUCGUCCAGUAAGAACUCCAAGGCCAGUUCUCCUGGUCGCUCUCCAAGCCCUCAAACCAAACCAGGUGUUAGCAAGUCAUCCAAAUCUUCAUCGCAGUCAUCGAGCAAAUCAUCACGGUCAUCAGGAAGUAAAAGUAGUUCUAGCAAAUCUUCUGGAGGAAAAGCUACGCCGAGGAAAGACAAGAGCAAAGAUACAUCUGCUAGCUUUAGUCGAGAUGAUGAUGACAUCAAUGAUGUAGCAUCAAUGGCUGGAGUGAAUCUGUCAGAGGAGAGUGCCCGUAUUCUUGCCACCAACGAAGCCUUUGUAGGCACUCAGCUCAGGUCUUGUGAAGAUGAGAAAUUUCUCCACAAAACACCAUUACAACAUUGCAUGAGCAAAAUAUGUUCGAAGCAUGGGAUUUCAGAUGCUACACCAGCUGUAUUAGAUGUGGUUUCACUGGCAGUUCAAGAGAGAUUAAAACAAGUUGUUGAAAAGCUGAGUGUUAUAUCACAACAUAGAUUAGAAAUAUAUAGGAGUGAUACAAGAUAUGAACCAAUGAAUGAUGUACGGUCACAGCUAAAGUUCUUUGAGCAGCUAGAUGCGUUAGAAAGAAAGAGAAGAGAUGAACAAGAAAGAGAAAUACUUCUUCGAGCAGCCAAGAGCCGGUCAAAGCAAGAGGACCCUGAGCAGUUGAGAUUGAAGCAGAAAGCAAAAGAAAUGCAACAAAUGGAAUUAGAGCAGCUGAGACAACAGGAAGCUAAUCUUACAGCAUUGGCAGCUAUUGGUCCAAGGAAGAAGAGGAAACUAGAUUCAGAAACCUCUAGUUCAUCUCCGGGUGGUGCCAGUGGAUCAUCAUCAUCAUCAUUAUUAAGUACCUUGAACUCUACAAGCUCCAAUACAACUCCAUUCCUUAGAACACAGUUUCGUCGCACGAAGCGAGUAAACAUGAAGGAUUUACUCUACCUAAUGGAGCAAGAACCAGAAACCAAAAGGUCACAGCUCCUCUACAAGAUGUACCUCAAGUGAUCUGUUGCAAUGGAAGAGAGAUCCAGCUACAGUUAUUUGCUAGCUCCCAAAGACCACAGUUAUCCUGCAACAACAACAACUCUUUCCAAACCAGUCAAGAUUGAUCAUCCUUGGGGCUGAUUUGCGUGUGAGAAUUGAUCAUGUUGCCUAUACAACUGUAGCAUGGCUAUUGAUAUUGUAUGGAUGGUUGGGUUUUCAUCUGUGGAAAUCUACAAGGCUUCGAGAUGCGGAAGGCAGAAGAAGGAGUGAUAAUGAAUAACUAUUAUCAGCAGGACCAUGAUGCACUCCAGUGGUCGUCAGACCCAUCAUUUCACAUGGUUUAUCUGUCGAGGAUAAUGCAGCAUCAAUUAGAAGGGUGCAAUGCUCUUAACUCUCCUCAGACAGGGAAAGAUGAUGAGGAUUGAGUAGAAGUGCAUAAUUGCCUGGGCUACAAUUCAUGUUCAGAUAAUCGAAUGGGUACAUCGAGAAUAUGCAUUGGUUUCUCUACUAUGAGUUACCCUGUGCUCUGUGUGUAAGGCUUUGAAAUAUAGGAGUCAGAAGAACCCACUUGAUGGUGAUAACCUACAUAAACUGGAGGGGAAUGGAUUAUCAAGCUUCUUUCUUUAUCUUCAAAUGCACACACUUUAUUACAAUCACUGUCUGAAUCAGUGGAGAUUUAGACUAGAAGUGCAUAAAAUUGUUAAAGAAUUUGCUGAAAUACCAUAUCCUUUCUACCUGACCUAUAUUAUUUUAUAUGCUAUAUUCUUGUAGCUUUGCAGAUGUUCAUGGAUGCGCUGUAUUCUGCUUUUCCCUAAAUGUUUUGUGCUUAGUACAGUGAACUAUCUUUUUAUUUCAAUAACGUAAUAGCUCUUAGAGCUAUGAUUUAGAGUUCUUUCAUUGCAAUUAUCUUAUGGAUACAUCAUUCUGUCCGUGUGGGGGGGGGGUGUGGGGGUCACAAAGAGUUUAGUCUUACUUAAAUUCAUACUUAAGUAUCAACAAGCAUGAACUUGUGAUCUCAUUCAUGAUUGCAUAGUGACACACAUCCCCUGUGAAUGAUCACACCAUUGUGAUGGUGUCUUAUAUACCACAUGCAACUGGGAAUUUAAGUGUGAUUUUUAUGAAAAAUUAAAUCUUUUUCAAAACACCUCUUCUGUUAGUUCAAUUGGGGUCAGCUCUGUGACUGUAAUCGAUACCACUUGUAUGUAGAUGAUUUGGAAGACUGUCAACUUCAAACCAUUUUUUUCUAACAAAAUAUUUGUAAGAGCGAUACAAAAAAAUAUUUCAAUGACUGAGUGAUUGUCAGUUAAAACUCUGAAAUACGUAUGCUCUGGUCAUUACGUUUGAAAGAAAAAUUGUAUUACCACUUUUUGUUAAGUUGUGGUUUUAAUUGUCAAAGAAACAAAAAAAAACUUAAUUUGCUGAAAAUUCACAUUGCACAUACCUACAUCCAUGAAUUUUCCAUCUGUUUUUUUUUAUACUAUCAAGAAAAUAUGGACAAUUGAUGGGAACUUUGUUUGUUAGAAUGUGAAACGUGAAUUCUCAUCAUUUUUAUGGGUAAGUUUUUUCACCUACAUGAUCAGACUAUUUGCAAAGUGGCAAAGUGGUAAUACUUUUCCAUUUUGACUUGACCAGUGGCUUUCUGACGUUGGUGUAUCCUUUUUCUGAAACAUAUGACUCCUUAAUAUUCCUAUUUCCCUUAUUAUUUUUUUCUAGUGAUAUGAUUUGACAUGAAAUGUCAUUCCUCUAUCUUAACAUGAUCAGUACCGUAUUCAUUAAUUCACAAGUGUUGUUUGCAGCACACACACAGUAAUUCUUGCUCUUUUUCGUCUACUAUGAAAAUGGAAAUCAUUUCAGGGAAUCCACCUGCUACUGGUUAUUUUGAGUAAUAUGUUACAGGAGUAAUCCUGUGAAAACACAAUUUUUAGAAGUGCUUUUGCAUAUCUUUAAUAUUAUUUUGGCAGUUUAUCAGCACAGCAAGAAAGGUUUUAACCAUACAUUAAAGCAUUAAUUAGCAUUCCCUUCUGACUCUAAAAAGGUAAUAUACUGGGAUUAUAUGAAUGCAAAGGAAACCCAACUUUCAUAUCUUCAUGAGAAAAUAGUAAAUUUGCAUUUGCUGCAAGUUAGGUGCCAUGUUCGGGUUUGGUUCGGAAGAGUCCAGCAAUUUCUAUUAAAUUACUUUGUCAGUUGUGAGGAAGGUCUUGUAAUUAAAUACAAAUUGAUUAUGAUCGAUAACGAUGGAAUAUGAACAUAUACUUAUACACCCAUACUUUUACUCCAAGUUUAGUUUAAAUUUUCUACCCCUUUUUUUAAAGAAAAUAUUAAUUCAUGUUUAUAGAUAUUCUGAAAUUCAAAACAAUCGAGUCAAAGACAAGGCCGAAGCUUUCGUAGUGUUGUGUAGAUUUAUUUUGCACAAUGACUAACCGGUAAACACUAAAUAUAUGUAUUAUUUUAUACUUAAAUCUAUGAUGUCCCUUACGAAAAAAUAUUUUGUUCAACGACACUUGGCAAAAUUAAUGAGCCUGGCAUUUUAUACCGAACCAAGCCUUUGUUCAGUUGGUUCAGUUUGGGAGUGGUUCGGCGGUUUGGCAACAGCACGAUUUUGAGUGAUACCUUGAAUAGGUUUGCACAUGUGACAAUGCAUCUAUGAUCACUAUUCUGAAAAUAUGCAAAACUACCUAUGGUUCAUUUGCAUGAAGAGCACAUUUGAUGUAAUUUACUGUGAGAAAUGAGAACAUAGUUUCAUGGUGAAUUUUUUUCUUCACCUGCAUCUCAGAAGUAGAAGUUUCUGUUUUAAAACAGAACAUUUUCAAUUCAAACACAUCUAUAUGCUUUCUUGAAGCAAUGUUACUUAACAUUCUGAAUGUUCUUUAUACUUUGAAAGUGAAAUCACCUGCUUUUUGAAACUUCUGUUUUUAUACCAACGAUGUUCAGGGAUUCAUGGUCUGAGAAACCUAGUCAUUCUAUGGAAUGCUGAAAAUGUGUAGUUUGCAGUCACAAUAGUCUGAUGAGUUCUUCUGCAGUUAUGAAUUUUCUCAUGAAAUUUUAUGGUAGUUGGAUUUUCUCUUAUACAACCAGCCAAUUCAAUAAAGUAGUACGUCUGGCUCUAUAUGUGGGACUUCCUGAAAUGGUUUGAAAAAACAUUUUGUUAAAGAGGGAUUAAGAGUUUUGUCUCUGAAUGAUGAAAUUUGUUCUUAUGAUAAUUCCUGUAUUUUUGAAGAACUUAAUAUAAUAACCCUAACUGUAAUGUCUCUAAUAGUAGCAUAAGAGACCUUGGGCUUUUCAGAUAUUCCUGACUGCACAUUAGUUGAGUCAAUUGAAAGAAACCAAAUCCAGGUCACAAAUGCUACAGUGAGAUUUCAAGAUAUCAAGGUUCAAAUGCAGUCAAAUACACCAAACAAAGUAUCCUUAUUAUUGUUACCAUAGCAUUUAUCAUCAUUCCAUAUAACUUAGGGAGACCUGAAAUGCAUUCAAACUUUCAAAGUUUAUUUUAUUUUUGUUGCCACUCUCUAUAAUUUUAACGAUUCUAUUAGAGAGAGAGAGAGAGAGAGUGAAGCAAAACGAACUUUGAAUGCAGGAGAUUAAAACCUAUGUAUAUAGCCCUCAAGGACUGGACUAUGCAUUCUCUUGUUUUGAUAAGAGAAAUUUUGAAUCAUUUUUCAAUUUACAACAUUCAUCUAUUUAAACCAGGAUGACAAAAUCAGUUGCCAAUGAUUCUCUUUGAUGGUGUGUACAUGUAUAUGUAUAUGUUGGUUUUUACUGAAUACCCUUGCAACCAUUGAGAGAUGUACCUCAUGAUGUUUCUGACUGCUGAUUUACAGUUCAUACAAACAAUAAUGUUGGAUUCCUAGAGUCAGCUUCUAGUUUCUUUCUUGAGUACAAAGUGUGAAAAGUAUAUUUAUAUUGCACUCUAAUCAUGUAGUCCAAAUUUUCUGCAUUAUAUGUGAUGUGUACACAAUCAAAAGUGAAUAAAAUUACUUUCUUUAUUUCCUAAAUUCCAGUGUAUAGGAUUCAUAUUCUUUGCAAUGUCUGGUUUAUUCUUUGUGAUGUCUGGUUAUUCUUACCCCCCCCCCCAAGUAAAUUAUUAAGUGGGGGGGGGGUGAAUGUUCGGUUUUAGUGUAUGGUUCCCCUCAGUGGAAUAUAGUAUGUUCAGAAUAUACACCACAAGUUAAAGAAUAAUGUUACAUACACAAAGUAAUAUGACUAAUUUUUCUCACUGAUAAAACAAACUAGUAGAAACAAUAGUCUUAUAAUAUAAGUACGGAUUUCAAAUUUUCUCUUUUUAAAAGAUAGAGGUGUCUUAUCUUUCAAUCAUUGUAAUAAAUAAUUUGCAUAUUCAAAAGAACAUAGGAAUCAAUUUUUCAUUUAUUCGCUGGCAUUUCCUUCAAUUGUGUGUAAGACAUCUAUUAUAUUACACACCAUGGUUUUAAAUCAUUCUCAGGUUUAUUCAUUUUAGCCCACUCUCAAACUCUUCAUUUAGAUCACUAAUGUUAUGUUUGAUCAUUAACAUGAAAUAAAAAUAAACAGGAAAGUAACUCGUUGGAAUUUUUUGUUGCCAUUGUGCAAACAAACAGUGUCAUUUAUCUACUGUAUCAUGGAAAUGUUUCUACUUUCUCUGUUUGGGAAUGUUUUUAUAUGAAGUUUCAUUAUCUUUUAAAAGCAGAAUGGACUCUUUCAAAGUUUCAAAAUCAAAAUUGAAUCCUGAUUACCCAAUUUCAUAUGGUAACUGAAAGGAUUCUUUUGGUUUUAAACCUUAAAUAUUUCAGUUGUCAAUAGUAUGGGUUAAAUAAAUAAACUGGCAGAAGUCGGCUGUCCACUAAUCGUGUAAGUCAAAGCAAUUUUUCAGACCAGAUUCUGAAGUCUGCAAAACAUAUUGCAGAGCUGCCAAGUAGUACUGGUUUAUAGUAAUUUCACUGAAAAAUUAGAAAGAAUACUGGUGGUUUCAUGCAAAUUAUCUAUGAAAUUUCAGUUUAUGUGUUGUCUUAUGGCCUUUCUGUAAAAAUACUGAUUUUCUUCCCAAAAUACUGAUUUCUUGAUAAGGUUAGCAUCUCUGAUAUUGUAUACCUCUUUUAUUUCUGUGGUCUCAAAAGCUUUGACUUUGGCAAAGUUACUCUUAAUUUAUUCACCAAGUAUGCUUGGAUAAUGAAUUUAUUAUUUUAUGUUACUGAAGACCUUCUUUCAUCUUGGUCAGUAGAAGAUGCCAACUGCUAUUUAAUUUUUGGAAAUGUGUAUUAUUUCAGUGUGGAUGUCUUAUAUUGUUACAUUUGUAUAUAACUAUGAAAAGUUAUCAAAACAUAUCUAUAUUUUCCUUUUUUUUGUAUUUAUGACAUAUCUGUUCGACUUAACCUGAAAAUGCUGAUCACAUUUUGUAUUUUCAGGCCUUUUAUUGGCCAGUUUUGUAAAAAAUAUGUUUCUAUUUUUGAGCAAAGUAUUUUGAAUUUGUCAGAUGAGCAAAGAAAAGCAGAUAAGGUGUCUUGAUCGUGUUUGUGUGUCUGUUUUGUGUUCUUUUGCAACUCUCCAGUAGGCUCUGUCAAUGAUCUCAUUUCAGAAAUAUGUAUCCUGAAAGUCAAAAUCUGUUUAGACAUGUCAAGAUAAAGCUAAGCAACAAAGCACAGCAACAAAAGGAUAUGAGGUAACAAGGAAGAAAGAUGUCACAGGGGCAAGAUAUAUUUUAUCUUGUUGCAAAGAAGAUGGUAGAUCAAUCAAAUACUUCAAAGAGUUAAGGUCUGGUCCCACUGGCUGUCGGACACAAAAUGUACUCAUUACAAAUACAGCAGACAAGCAAAGUUCCGGGGUGGCUCCAUCCGUUUUCAUCCGCUCUAGACAAUGGACAAAAUGGGCGAACAAUGAAAUCACAGUGGAUGGAUGCUUGAUGGAUAUAGAGCAUAUGGAACACGCAUGCAACGAGUACACAAUAGAUACGUAACGUUUUCAAGAUUCUUGUAUAUACAUCCUCUCUGCAUCCAUAAGUGCAGUGGGACCAAGCCUUAAAAUCUGAGUGUGAUAUCUCGGGGCGAUUUGUCUCAUUAAAAGUCUUGCUUAGUUCUUUUGAUGAGCUUUUUUUGUACACUGUCAGAUCUAACAUUCAAAAUCAUUCUGUAACAUUACAAGUAUUAGAGGAUAAGUAUUUGUGACAUUCAAGUAGAAACCAAAAUAUCCUUAAUUGAUAUACAUAAUUUUUUUUCCAUGUUUUGCAAAUUUGUAUCAGGGGAUCCCUUUCAAAACACAUAUUACCUUAAUGUAUCUUGAUGCACAAUUUUUGAGCUAAAAGUGGGCUUUAUUGAGAAUACAGAAAGCAGAGAAUUUAACUUUUUGCGAUGAGCUGGAUUGUGUAUUUCUUUUUAUAAAAUACUUAAUUUUCCUUUAUGAAACAUUAGGUCCCAUUCAAUCCUUUCUUAUAUAAAGAAAUGCUCUGUAUUUAUUUUUCUGAAUACAUAGACCAGUUGACUUCUUGAAUCAUAAAUUUGAGAUGGUACACCUUAAUAAGGGCAUUACAUCUUGAUUUCCAUUCAAUAUUUUAUCUAUUCAUUUGAUUUUGUUUUCAUAAUUCUUUCCCAAAAUCUUUCAAAUUAUGAUAGUCCUAAGCAUAGUAUUCAACACAUGUCAUUUCUAAUUUCACCACUCCUAAAUAAAACUUUUAUCUCCAUGUAAUGUUUUAUGUCAUGAUGUCUUCAAGUAAAUUCCACUCUUCUAUCGGUCCCUUUUUCUUACCAUUGCUUGAUUUAUUUAUGCCCAUUUACACAUACUAUAUUGUUUCUAUAUCAUCUUUAUUCCCUUCAAACCGUAUUGUAUUUGUCUUUCCCCUUUCGAUAGUUCUCCUGAUUUGAUAUUUUGAUGGAAGAUUUUCUUUUUAUUGGGGAUGGGGCUUUCUGAUGUGGUAGAUUGAUAUGUUAACAACACUGUUUUUGUUUGACUACCAGAUCUUUGCAGUCAUCAUUAUCAGACUAUUUAAAUCAUUUUCCUAUGGUUUUAUACCUCUCUUUUACCACAAUUAUGUUUAUAAAAUGUUAUUCUGUUAUCAUAUGUCCUUUCCGCAUAUAUCAACUGUUUGAGAUGUUUAAGUUGUAAACAUUUGCAUAUGUUUAAAGCACACUAAAGUGCUAGUUAUACUUUGAAGCGACUUUUGCUGAAAGCCAUUUGAGUCUCCCCCAUAAUAUUAUAACUUGAUUGAAAUUGUAAGUGAUACUCAAAUGAUGUGUUCCUGAAUAUUCAUGUUAUUUGAUUAAGUUUGCUGAAAUACUAGGAUGCAGUCCUAUGGUCCCUUUGAUAACUUUUAUGCAGACUGUGUGCUUCUACUAUGUAUGGACCUAAAAAGAUUAAAGUGGAAUGAAAAAUAUUUUCAUAAAAUGAGAUAUGUGUAUAAUACCAUGUGAUUAAGGUUAUUGAAUUGAACAAGGUGGUAAAUCAAAAAGUGAAUUUUCUAUUGGAGUAGUUUAUUAAAAUGAAAGAGAGCAA